AUGAAGCGCAAGAUCUCGGCCGAGGUUUGGAGGCCGGGAUUGGAGGAGUUAGCGACCGGAAAUGUCGGGGUUCUUGCGGCUGAAAUGCUGGAGAGCUUGGGAGAGCUCUGCCGGGUCUUGAAGGAGUCUCGUGGCGGCCAAGAUUUGGAGCAGCCAGUGUCUCGAGCCUAA